UAGUGGGAAGCCUCCUCCUCGAGCUCCUCCGGUCCCCCCCUCUGCUCCUCCUGACAUCCGAGAGGCUCGGCUGCAGCUCGCCCUCGGGCUGACUGUUUACCCCGUACGGGCCCGCGGCAACUGGCCCCACGCUCCGGAUUACCAGAGGACGCCAUAUCCCCAAAACACACUUUGCUUUCUGCUCUGACUCAUCCAGAGAGUAGACAGAAUUUUUCUUUAAAAAACGGGAGAAAAAAAAAAAGAUUUUGAAUCGUGGAUAUGUGCUUGUGAUUUCAUUUUUUUAUUCUGGGGUUGUUUUUUUGGGUGUAACUUUUACCUUCUUCACCUUUUCCUGGAGGCUGUGUGUGAGUGUGUGUGUGUGUGUUGUGAUGGAUCACACGCUGUUCGGGUGCCUGCGGAGCCCCCACGCCCCGGCUCAGGCCCUGCACCCCGCCUUCGCCCAGUCCCCCCUGACCCUUCACGGACGCUCGGACCACGUCUCCUACCCGGACCUGGCCUCUUCCUCCUCCUCCUCCUCCACCCCCUCGCCGUCCACCUGCAUCAUCUCCAGCUACCCGGUGGACGACGGCCUGUUUCCCGGCGGGCAGCACCACCACCACCACCACCACCACCACCACCCUCACCGCGGCCACCAGCAGCAGCAGCAGCAGCAGCAGCAGCAUCACCACCACCUGCCUCUGCACCACGCGUCAUGGCACAUCCCGCAGAUGCCGUCGCCCGGCGGGAACACGCGCCUCAACCUCUGCCACCCGCACCCCCACUCGACCCACGACGGCGGGCCCGCGGCAGCGGCGGCCUCGGACCUGGGCCUCCCCGGGGGGCCCAGCAUGUGCGCCAGCACCCCGAGUCUGGGCAUCGGCAGCACCCCGACGGGGGCCUCCUGCGCGCCGGCAGACUUCGGCAGACAGACUCUGUCACCUGCCGAGGCCGAGAAGAGGAACGGCAAGAGGAAAAGUGACAGUUCAGAGUCCCAGGACGGGAAUUACAAAUCCGACGUGAGCAGCAAACCCAGGAAGGAGAGGACGGCCUUCACCAAGGAGCAGAUCCGAGAGCUGGAGGCCGAGUUCGCCCACCACAACUACCUGACCCGGCUAAGGCGCUACGAGAUCGCCGUCAACCUCGACCUCACCGAAAGACAAGUGAAAGUGUGGUUCCAGAACCGGAGGAUGAAGUGGAAGAGGGUGAAGGGCGGCCAGCAGGGGGCGGCGGCUCGAGAGAAAGAACUGGUGAAUGUGAAAAAGGGCACGCUGCUGCCCUCGGAGUUCUCCGGCAUCGCGGCGCUCCACCACUCGACGGACUCCUUAGCCAACGAGGACAGUCACGACAGCGACCAGAGCUCCGAGCACGCCCACUUAUGAUGCACAACGCCCCCCCACCACACCCCACCGCCCCCUCAGAGGACAGGCCCUGUCUCAGGACCGUCCUUAGAAGGACUGCUGUUUGCUGAUAACCCCCCCUCCUCCCCCAUCGUCAUACAACGAUGAUAAAUAAGUGUACAGAUAUGCAGAGCAGUGUCGUGUGGUAAGACAAUGCAGCAUGCAGGAAACACAUUUUAAGAUUUCAAGAAGCAGAGCACAUGAAGUAAGGAUGUGGACUUUUUUUUCUUCUUCCUUUAAAAAAAAAGUGCCAUUGGUUAAAAAAAUAUGCCCUUAAAGAAAAACAAAAUAUUAAAAUUGAAAGGAAUAUAAAUAUUAACACAAACGACUAUAAAUAUUAACAUUGAAACGACGUUUGUGCUUCACCCCAAAAAAAACACUGAAUAUUGCGUAACAUUUUGGAAAUCUCACUUAGUCAAACAUUCCACGUUUGUGUGCCGCGGUCGGCUUCCACUGUAUAAAAUGUAAAUUGCAAUGUGAUUGAGUUAUUGAUCAAAUCAAUCGUGCCCAAGGAAAUUUGCCUCGCUAAGAAUAUAAACGAUCUGUAAAUAUAAUUCUCUGUAUUGCCGUAUACCGUUUAACGAUUAAUUUUAUACCCACGCUAUUUCAGCUCCCGCAGUAAUAAACACGGACACUUCUUCUGGUCAACACACCUUUCUGAAAAUUUUUUGUAAACAGAAUCUGAAACCUUAAAAAAAUAAUGCAUUUUAUUAAAAUCCCAUUCAGGGACGGUCGCAGAUCGAAUAAAAUUUA